UCUGCGCAAUUGAUUGAACAAACCUUUGCCAUUUUGAACAAAAGCUAUUCCCGUUCUCAUUCAGUAAGCCCGGCUAUAUCCAAAAAUCAUCAAUCACCUAAAUGGUAGCCCACAGUAGCCCCACAAAUUCCCAAUUAAAAUGCAAUGAGUGUUGCCCGAAAUAUUCGCCAGUCUGUCUAUGGCUUGGGAUCACGUUCAAGGCCAGUCUAUAUCUAAGUGAUUCCAUCAUCUCAGAUCGCCGGCGAAUAAGAAGUCAUUAGAAUGCCAAAGGAAAUUUUUUUUGAUUUCUGUGUGACAAAAUGCUAUUGGCGUAAAAAUAGAAAACGAAACUAUGGCCGAAUGAUGUUAGCAAAACAGAAAAGUGGCCAUAAAUCCGAUCAGAGUCCAGAAGUGCGACAUCAUAAAUAAGUCAUGAAGUGCGACAAAUUUUAAGCCACCGAUAGGACUAUAUAAGCCGGAGACUUCUAGCCAAACAGCAUCAAAUCACAAAUUGCAAACGCUUAAGAAGCACCUCAAAAAAUCAAAAAUCAAAACAAACAAAAUGUUCAAGCUGCUGGUUGUUGUUUUCGCCGCCCUCUUCGCCGCUGCCCUGGCCGUUCCCGCUCCAGCUCCCCUGCCGCGUGCCAACCCCGCACCCAUCCCGAUUGCCAGCCCCGAGCCCGCCCCCCAGUUCUACUAUGGAGCUAGCCCCUACGCCUACUCUGGCGGAUACUACGCCUCCCCCUACUCCUACUACGGCUAAUUGCUCUCGACAGAGCAAACAAACCGGACUCGUGAUGACGGACCAGAAUGUGGAUUACGGAGUAUGCGCGCUGGCAAAUCUAAUUAGUCAUAAGUGCUUGUAAAAAACCUCACAAAAAAAAAAAAUAAAAGAUUAGCAAAUAAAAUGUUGAAAAGCAAAAA